AAAAAAAAUAUACGUCCUUUCAAACAAAUGUUCGGAUUGACAGCCUCUUUUAUAUUUAUAUAAUACUUGUAUUUAUAUUUUCCUUCAUUGUGAUUUCAGCACCCAUUUCCUAAAUUCUCUUGUAGGUUUGCGUCCUGCCAUUUGCCGUACCCGGCGUACUUUCUACAACAAACAUCCAGACCUGGAACUACAUUUCUGCGCAUGCGCAGGACGCCGUUACUUGCUCGCUGGAGUCUCCACCCCUUGCUGUUUAGCUGUCAUAUUCCUGCGGGUAUGUGUUUAUGGGAUCCUAAAUCAUGCAGGUGAAUUAUAUCGCAUAGAAAAAGACAAAUAACAGAAUACUGCUGAGCCAACGUUAUGUUAGUUCGUACCCCUCGGAUCGGUUACAUUUUUCUGGUGCGGUGCUGAGCCUGAUAGCGCUGCUCCUGCUACCGCUGCUCCGAACUCUCAAGUUUCGUUUUGUUUUGAUAUCGAGCGAUGGCUGCUGAAGUUAAAAAUCCGAUGGACAUUGGUGAUCAUGAGUCCGUGGACAGCAACUCAGGGCGCAUCCGAAACCAUCACCAGCAGGCCUUUGAGUACAUAUCUGUGGCCCUUAAGAUUGAUGAAGAUGACAAAGGUCAGAAGGAGCAGGCUGUCCAGUGGUACCAGAAGGGCAUUUUGGAGCUGCAGAAAGGAAUAGCAAUUAACACCACUGGGGAAGGUGAGCACCGCGACCGGAUUAAGCGUCUCCAGGCCAAGAUGACCAAAAAUCUCUCAAUGGCCCAAGAGCGGCUGCAGCUUUUAGAGAGUCGACUGGCUUCCAGGAAAACCAUUUUGCCACCCCGGCCCGGCCUUCCCACGCCUCAGUCAAACCCUAGAAGCCCCAGAAUUGCUGGUGGACCCUCCCCUUCCCAGCCGAGCCGGCCAGUAGCUCGUGUGUGUAGUGCCAAGGGCCCAGUCAGAGCUGGAAAUCAACCCAACAACAAGCCAGCAGCUCCCACGCCAGCCAAGAAGAGAGCUAUGAAGAACUUCAAGAAUGUGGACAGCAGGCUGGCCAACCUCAUCCUGAAUGAGAUUGUGGACAGUGGGUCAAGUGUGCACUUUGAGGACAUCGCUGGACAGGAACUUGCCAAGCAAGCCCUGCAGGAGAUUGUUAUCCUCCCUGCCCUGCGACCAGAGCUGUUCACUGGCCUCAGGACCCCGGCACGGGGUCUGCUUCUCUUCGGACCCCCCGGGAACGGCAAGACGAUGCUGGCUAAGGCUGUUGCCAUGGAAUCCAAUGCAACCUUUUUCAAUAUAAGUGCUGCGAGCCUCACUUCUAAAUAUGUUGGAGAAGGAGAGAAGCUGGUGCGUGCCCUCUUCGCUGUCGCCAGGGAACUGCAGCCCUCCAUCAUCUUCAUCGAUGAAAUCGACAGCCUGCUGUGUGAGAGGAGAGAAGGGGAGCACGAUGCCAGCCGACGACUGAAGACCGAGUUCUUGAUUGAGUUUGAUGGGGUCCAGUCAGGAGCCGAGGACAGAGUGCUGGUGAUGGGCGCCACCAACAGGCCCCAGGAGCUGGACGAGGCUGUUCUCCGACGCUUCGCAAAAAGGGUGUAUGUGACACUCCCCACAGAAGAGACUCGCUUAAAACUGCUGAAGAAUCUCCUCACGAAGCAGGGGAACCCACUCAACCAGAACGAACUGACGCAGCUCGCCAGAAUGACAGAAGGGUACUCAGGAAGUGAUUUGACUGCUUUGGCUAAGGACGCAGCUCUUGGGCCAAUCAGGGAGCUCCAUCCCGAACAAGUAAAAAACAUGGCGGCCAAUGAGAUGCGAAACAUCACAUUCCGGGACUUCGUGGAAUCGCUGAGGAAGAUCAAGCACAGCGUCAGCCCACAGACCCUGGACAUGUACAAGCGCUGGAACAAGGAGUACGGGGACACCACUGCUGUGUGAAACACUGCCCUCUCCUGGCUCGGAGGUGAAAGAGGGCCAGGAACAAGGGAGGAGACGGAGAAAUGGGAGCAAUAUUUCUUUGGAGCAUCACUUGAUAAAGGAAGCUGAGCAUUAACCCAGUAACCAAGCAAUAUAAAAGGAUACCUCUCUGUGCCUGGCGACUGUCCUGGAGAUGCACCAGAGACCAUAUAAUACAUUUGUAAAUUUAUAUUCUGUGGAAACAACAUUAAAUAACUUUUAGGAAAACAUUAAAUUGAGCAGCAGCGUUUAAUGUCAGAAGCACACAUUUAACACUCAGCUGUAAACGUACGCGUGACUUGAGAGUGAAGAGGAGCUUUUUUUCCCCAGUAAGAUUUUCUUACGGGGAUGACGGGUGACUGUUUUUCCGUGAACUUUUAAGACUGACCAGAAGGAAGCUUUCGGAUGGCUUGGAAGGUGUUUUUUGUCCAGGCCUGAGACGGCAGCCCCACUCCAACUUCUCCAAUUCCUGUCCUGGCUCAAUAAGAAAAAGUGUUUUUACAGUAAUAAUGCAGAGCUGGAACAACAACAUCAUCUUUCCCCCAAAAAGUCAAGGUUUGGGGGGGGAACAAAAAACAAAGCUGUGUUUAUUUUGGUUUGUUUUAAGGUUAUACUAGGGUCUAUAUUAGGGUUUGUAUAUCAUUAUGGUUGCGUUUGUCACAGCAAGCCGAAAAAGCAUUCUCUUGUCUUAAAAGAAGGCCUUGAGUAUAUGAUUUUGAUUAACAAUGAAUAAGGAGUUUGUCAAAGUGGUUUUUUUCAUGGGGUGACAAUAUAGCAAAAGGUAAUUUUAAAACGCUGUAAAAUAAAUGCACAAUUGCAUAACCCCAUUAAGUCUAAUAUAAUCCUCAUGAAUUUCAUUUCUGUAUGUUUACCUACUCUAAACAAAGUGAAUGUGCAGUAGCGCAUGUCCUCAGGAAGGGGGCACCAUGCCACUGGGUUUCUCAGCUACAAAGUUCUGUGUCUUGCUUUGGUUUGAAUCUGGAAGAGUGGUAUUAAAAAUGGGAGGGAUGUGGCUUGUUGCUUCUGACUAAGUCCCAUAGUCUGCUGGGUAACUGGCUCAUGAAGAAGAACUAACAUUUUGGACGAUUGUAUCUGGACAGCAAACGCUGGUCACUGAUCUUCCUUAGGAUAUCAUUUCGGUUGGUAUCGCUGAGCUGCGGCUGGUGUUCCUUAAGCCGACAUCUCACAGUCUAUGAAAUACUGGGAAUAUUGAUCUCUUAUUAGCCAUAGAAAUUGAAGUUUGUACCUAAAGAUUUCUAGUGAAAUAAAUUAUUUAAUGACA